AUGAAACAAUUUUUGGCUUUCUUGCUCAUUUUAUUUAUUACACUUUCAUCAGUCCAAUCUAUUCCCAAUCAAUUUCAAAAAAGACAAGCACCAAAGUUUACUGAAUGUAAAGGAAAAUUUCCGGAAAAAUUUAACGUUAAACUCUCACCUUUACCUCUCGCUUUUGGAAAAACCGAGACCGUUACAGUCUCUGGAAAGUUAAAGAAAUUUAUCUCUGAUGGUACCACGUUACGCCUUGGAAUUAGUAAUGGUGAUGGGGAUGCCAUCUUUAGCGAAAGUGCGGAUUUUUGUGCUGUACAAGGAAGUCCUUGUCCCGCUGGACCUGGUACAAAGUUUAAUACGCCGGUAAAAUUUAAUUUACGAAAUAACAAUACACCUGGACCAUUUAAGGUUUUGGUUCGUCUUGAAAUUGGUGAUGAAAUUUUGGCCUGUUCUCAUGGAACCGUUGAAAAAUAA